UGGGGUAAUUAACAAAACGCAUUUUGCCUUGCUGUGACGCUUGUUAGCCGCUGAACGCAUUAACGUCUACUGUGUUGUUAUGAAGUAGCCUUAGCUAAGCUAGCCUGUUUGUCUGUCGUCCACAGUAACGUGCAAUCAAGGUUAUGAUGUGUAACUUAAGGAAUCUUAAAGUAGUAGGAGCCAUAAGAGAGAACCAUGUCUCCAGAGGAUGAACCCCACACUCGCCCCCUUGGGUUCAGCUGUUACUCUGAAGAUGUGCCUUUGAGCUGUGCUGAUUUAGAUCGCUCUCAGGAGUCGGGGAUAAGAAGCAGGGCGCACAGCUGUUGCCACAUGGGAACUCCAGAGGUUCACAUAACUUGUCACAGAAACUAUGCCAGUGGAAAAAGCCCUUUCCUUAAAAUAUUAAUGGAUGCAGAAGCUGCCGCCAACUCUGCAGUCAUACAACUCAUGUCUUUUAAAGACACCAUGGAAGAUGAAUUUGCUGAUUUAAGGCAGUCUGCCACAGACAAGUGCCGAGUUCGGAGACAAAGAAGACUCUUGCUGGAGAAACUGGAGGACUUUAGACGAAUGAACAAAUCUGUUCGACAGAAAUUAAAACAACUCCAGGAAGCAGAGACUGAACGAGUUGAUGCCAACCUACAGAUUGACACAUUAAUGAAGAAGAUUAGACAGACUGAAAGUGAAAAUGAGCAAUUAAAAAGAGAUUUGAGUGAGACAGAAAGAAGAGUUGAAGACCUGAUGGAUCUGAGAAGAGAAGAGCAGGAGAAUAUAAAGACUGCAGUUCACGUGACGAAGUCUGUGGAGGCCACACGUGCUCACCUUCAGGGCCAGCUGCGCAGCAAGGAAGCUGAAAACAAUCGUCUGACUGUACAGCUGAGGAAUCUGGAGAGAACCCUAAUGCAGCAGAAGAUGGAGAUUGAUGAUGUGAGAGGCUCCAUUACAUGUUUGACUGAGAAGGCAACUCAGGACAAAGAAUCUUUGAAGAAAGCCACUCGAGCACAGAAACUGAGAGCUGAGAGGUUCGAGGCUGCAAUUGAGAAAUGUUAUGCACAGAUGAGAGAAAAGGAUGCUCAGUUGGCCAAAGUCUGCUCAGAAAGAGACUUCAAGGAGCAACAAAUAGAGCAAAUACAAGACGAGAGAAUCAAACUUCUGUCCCAUAACGAAUCAUUGAAAAGUCAAAUCACAGACUUGACAACGAGGAUGCAGAAGACGAAAGAUGAGUUUUUCACGUCUAAAGAAGCGCUGAUGCAACAGGUUGAAAAGCUCUGUGCUGAAAAUGGAAACCUCAACAUAAAUAAUGCAACACUUCAGGCAUCUGUUGCUCAGUUGCAGCAGCAGCUGGCUGAAUGUGAGUCGACUGUGGUAGAAGAGAAAGCUGUGUCUGAGGAGAGGAAACAUCAAGUCCAACGGUGCCAAAAUCAGGCUGCAGAGCUUCAGGUUGAGUUGGAGGAUCUGAAGAUCAAAUAUGCAAAUGUUUUAAGAGAAGCCAAAAAAACACAAGAAGAAAACCAGGCAGUUGAGAAGGUGAGGCAGGAGCUGCAGGGGCGUGUGGAGGAACUGAAGCGUUACCCUGAGUUACUGAGGGCUGCUGAGCAGAGUCUCCUCGAGUGCCAGCAAAAUCUGCAUCGCUUAGAGAGCCAGUGCUCAGAAAAGUCAGAGUCCGUUAGGCAACUGCAGGUUCAGAUGGAGAGUCAAAAGAAAUCACUCCGAUGUUCUGCAGAGAUGAAUGAAUCCAUUCAUGAGGCCAAUUUACAACUUAAAGAGAAAAUAAGUUCUCUUCAAAGGCAGAUGGAGCAGCUGCAGCAGGAGAACCUGGAGCUGGUCCGGAGGCUGGCGGCUCAGGAGGAAGCUCUGAGCUACAGCAACCGGCAGCUGGACCACCGCUCCUCAGAGUGUCAGGCCCUCAGCCGGCAGCUGGAGGCCGCCAUAUCGGACGUCAAACAGCAGGUCAACAGGGUAAAACAACAAGCUCUUUCCAGAGAGGAAGCGCUUCAGAUGAAAGUACUGGAGCUGGAAGCAGAAAAAAGCCGGCGGGAGACGGAGCUGCGGCUCCUCCGCCAGAGCAAAGUCACAGCAGAGAAACAGUUUGAGGUGCGUCUGAAGGAUCUACAGCUCAGCCUGGAGCAGUCAGAGAGCCACAAGCAGAGCAUCCAAAACUACGUGGACUUCCUCAAAAACUCCUAUAAGACCAUGUUCGACGAGGGACUGCAAGCUUCAAGUUUUGGAUCCUCAUAUUUUUUAAAAUGAUAGAGUGGUUGUUUGCAUUCUUUCUUUUAUAGAUUUUGUAGGUUAAAGGAAAACUAAAGGCAAGAAUUCACAUCACAUUUUUUUUCUUAUUUAGAUAAAAAAUGUUUUUAGAUUUGGGGAAAAUUGUUUUUUUAAACUUUUCUGAUCUGGCAAAAGUUUUUCUCGCACAAAGGAAAAUGUGUUGCCGCUGUGAGAGCUUUCGAUCCUUGAUCUGAGUCCCCAGAUGCAGAAGGUUCCAGCCACAGACACUGAUGCUGGUAACAUCCUUUUAUCUCCAUCACGUUUUCUCCCCUAGGAGACGGCGCCUUCUCUGUUGCUCUCCUUGAACUGCUUCCAUUUUAUUUCCCGUUAGCGUCUUUCUGAUCUGAGGUCAUUCUGUAAAAUCCUCUGGUGAUUUUUGAGGAAAAAGGGAAAAGUUCAUUUUUCACUGUGUGUUUGUCAUUAUCACUAUUAUGUUGUGUGCAGCACACAGAGUUCGUUGUCGGCUGCUGGAGCCCGUUCAUCUGAUGCAUUCUGAGCCGUCUCAAGAACUAAUGAUAGAUUAAUGGACUGAACCUUGUUUUACCUGCUGCUCCGUGUGAACAUCUUCACACGCGGCUCAUUUUAUGGUUGUUCUGCUAUUGUUGUUCACUAAAAUCAUGUACUGGGAGUUUUUGUAGUGCUGUGUAGUGAAUGUGUUUGAUUCUCAGCUGGACUGAGAUGAAUUAGCCUGAAAAUCAGCUGUGGCGACUGCGUGUCUGCAGCACUGAGGCUCUGGGGCUCAGAAAGUGAAGGUUCCGCUGUUUGUUCAGCGCUCAGCCUCACGCGGUGUCGGUCCUGCGCUUCGCUCUGUGCUUCGGAACCGUGUCUGUGGUGGUCGGUGAGUCGGUGGCCGUAUCACCAGCAAGACAUGCUUCUCUCAGGUUCCCGGACACAGAGCUGUGUGUGUCCAAGAGGUGCAUGCGUCAGUGCCUCUGUUUCUCCUUUUGCUGUUUGUUCUCAGACUGUUUUUUUGCCUUUUUACGUAAUUCUGUUCAUCACACUUAGCUGGAAAAUGAGCCGUCAGCUUGGCUGCUGUAACAACACAUGGUGAUGGAUGCACCAAGGCCUCUGUAAACAGUCGCACAGCACAGACUUGGUUAACCUGCAGAGCUCAUUAUUGUAAGGGUCAUUUUGGUACAAUGUGUGUGGAAAGUUUAGAAUGUUCUUUGUUGCCCUUUAUUCCCUGAAGGUUAAACCAGCAUCUGUGUGACAGCAGGGAAACCAAUUACAGGUUUACAUUACAGACGUCUUUAACCAGUCGCUCCCAGUGGAUCCAUCAGACGAUGUGGAGACGGUUUCACUUGUAAACCCGCUUUUGUCUCAAGUAAAAUAUGUCGAACUGUC